AUGACUUCGAUGCUGUCCAGCUUUAACCCGCCUAUCGUUAAGCGAUUGUUGGGUUGGAAAAAAGCAGAAGGAGAAGACAAAUGGAGUGAAAAAGCUGUUAAAAGUCUUGUAAAGAAGUUAAAAAAGUCCACCGGCCUCGACGAGCUCGAGAAGGCUAUUACUACGCAAAGUUGCAACACUAAGUGCAUUACUAUACCGAGGCCUAGCCCAGGCGGUGUCGGAGACAACGGUGUCCAAGGAGUGCGCGGCAAAGGUUUGCCGCACGUGAUCUAUUGCCGACUUUGGCGUUGGCCAGAUUUGCAAUCGCACCACGAACUAAGAGCAAUCGAGCAUUGCGAGUACGCGUUUACGCAAAAACGGGACGAAGUCUGCAUUAACCCGUACCAUUAUCAACGAAUACAAACACCAGUUUUGCCAGCUAUUCUCGUACCUCGGCAUAACUUAGCCGGGGACGAGUCCGUCCUUUAUAACACUUCCAUCGAGGAGCUCAGUGUCAGUGUGCCAGAAAACACGAGUUUCCACGCGACUUUAAAUCACCAGCACCAUAAUCAACAAAGUAUACCGCAAUCACCGCAACAGCAACAACAGCAACAACAACAACAACCACCGAACAAUCCAUAUCAAGGAAUGCAGAGUAUGCAGGCAACAAGUCCGGCUAGUGUUGGUAGUCUAGGAAGUGUUCAGGGUUCACCACAUCCGGCACCUGGAUCUAUGGAUCCACCUGCUGAUACUCCUCCUCCUGGAUAUAUAAGUGAAGAUGGUGAUAAUAUGGAUCACAACGAUAAUAUGUCCUUAUCGCGUUUGUCUCCCAGUCCAGUAGAUGCACAACCAGUGAUGUACUGUGAACCAGCAUUUUGGUGUUCAAUAAGUUACUAUGAACUAAAUACGAGAGUAGGCGAGACUUUUCAUGCAUCGCAACCGAGCAUAACGGUGGACGGAUUCACUGAUCCCAGUAAUUCUGAACGUUUCUGUUUGGGUUUACUAUCGAACGUAAACCGAAAUACCGUGGUCGAACAGACGAGACGACAUAUCGGAAAAGGAGCUAGAUUAUACUAUAUCGGUGGUGAAGUAUUUGCCGAAUGUUUGUCCGAUUCGAGCAUUUUCGUGCAAAGUCCUAAUUGUAAUCAACGUUAUGGUUGGCAUCCAGCCACUGUUUGUAAAAUACCACCCGGUUGCAAUUUGAAGAUAUUCAACAAUCAAGAAUUUGCGGCAUUGUUAUCGCAAUCAGUUUCGCAAGGAUUCGAAGCUGUGUAUCAAUUGACUCGAAUGUGUACGAUCAGAAUGAGUUUUGUAAAAGGUUGGGGAGCGGCAUAUCGUCGGCAAACCGUGACGUCGACUCCUUGUUGGAUCGAGUUGCAUUUAAAUGGUCCAUUACAGUGGCUCGAUAGAGUACUCACGCAGAUGGGAUCGCCGCGUUUACCCUGUUCCUCGAUGUCAUAAGGUUGUAUGCUUUUCUCAUUGAUGGAAAACAGGGACGAUUUGCGUGCUGUCAUUGUCGUCAUCGUCGUUGUGUAAAUUGGUUUUUCUUACCGCGGAUUCAUUGUUUUAUCUGAAUAUUUUCCAACCACCGACUACAGUGAUAAACAGUGCAAGAAAAAAAAUAUACGAUUACUGUUUUCAUGAAGCGUGUAUGUGUAUCCUACCUUGAAAAGUGUACGGAAUACGAAGUCGUUUUCGCGUUCGAAGUGCCAGGAAAGCAUUCGAUCGGACGAAUGGAAAUAAAACUGGCGAUUGAUUAGCUUAUAGGAAUGUUCAAGUGCUCAAAUCGCGAUGGUUCAUCGAUGUUUCCUAUGAAGAUAAGGAAAGGACGAUGUGUGGGCAAAAGAGUGCAGACAAGACCGGUUCAAAAUAACAUUCACACAGGUAUCACCUAUACAGAAAACCAUUUUUUCAUUAAACUGGAACAUUAUGAUCAAGAAUACUAAAUAACAAAAUAAGUAGAUAUUGUUUGACUCACUUAUCGCACUUUCGUGUGGAUAUAGUGCUACGAUCCAGGGUUACAAAUCCGAUUUUAACCGAAUUAAGAGUAUGAGAAACAAGCGCGAUUCUAUAUACAUAUAUACAUAUUUGCUUAUAUUUAUGAUCACAAAUAUAAGUGCAUAUAUAUAUAUGUAUAUUACAUUUAAAAAAAAACUCAGUCUUUACAUAUUUUUAUCGCUUGUUAAAGCACUCCAAUCGUACAGUAUACGUUAAACCUUACAAAAUGAUACAUAUUAUGUACAUUUACACAAUUUAUAGUCAACUGAAAAUUUCUAUAGAAUGGGUAAAACUUGUAUACCCGUUGAAAAGUUUCUAACUGGUCUAUUCAGAGUCAUUGUCAGUGUUUUUCCUACGAAUAAAACGUUAAAAAAGAAAUACAUCUAUGAAGUCUAUUUCUUUUAUAUAAUAAUGAUAAGGAAAGAUUACAGUGUUCAAUAUGUACGUAACUAUUUACACGAUUUGUUAACGUCACUACAUCUUCGAAUGGACCAGAAUGUUAUAUUCUCCCAAUGGAUCGCGUCAGGACGAAUAAUUAUGUUUCUACUGUAUUUGAAGGUUUUGAAUGAAUGGUUAAUCAUUUGAGAUAAAUCAUUCAGCACAUAGUACGAACAACGUUUGAACAAACAUUUUUGAAUUGAAAUUGAAAAUGUUGUUGUGUAUUAUGGUGUCUUAUAUUGAUAUGAUAAUCGAUAUUCUUAUUAAGAAUAAGCGCUAUAUUUCUUAACGUUGAUAGAAUUAUUAAGCGCACGAAGUCUGUGACAGACAAAAAUAUCUAUUUACUUGAUAUCGCAUGGAAAAAAUUGAUCAAUACUUACUAAUAAGUGAGAAAACUAUGUACGUAUAUCUAAUAUCGAUUGUCCAAAACUUUAUGCGCUGCAUAGCACAUGUUAACCGUUUGAGUGCUACGAGUUACUGCAAGAAUCUGAUCGAAAAAUGUUUAGAUACAUUAUAGCUUACAGUUAUGGGUUCGCUAAGAUAUUUGUGUUUUAUAAUGUAAAAUUAUUAUCAAAAUUUUUUUAUUUAUUAAUGCUUAUAGCAUAGAAAAAAACUAGCAUUUGCGGCAUUUUUCGAUGUAGAUCACGAGCAACGCUGUUAUGCUACGUGGCGCUUGAAUUGUUAAACUACACAUUUAGGUGUUGAUGUUCAGUAUAACAAAACACUUGUUGAUUGAGAAAUUAUUGCAAAAGUGUUUAGUUCGUUGUAUAGAAUUAUAAACAAUGUUUUUUUACGAAGAAAAUCUUAAUCAUUUCGAUUAUAUAUAUAUAUAUAUUAUAUAUAUAUAUGUUCCGAUAUAAGUUUCGAAAAAAAUAGAAAAAGAUAUAAAUAAUGCAUUUUUAAAGAUUUUAUACGAAAAUUAUUACUUUAUACGAAUACAUGAUAAGCGCAUACAGUUUUCAAACGAUACGAAAAAUAUAAUGAAUUAAAAAUUUGUUAACGCAAAAAAAUUUUAUCAUGAAGAUAGAAUACAGAAAAAUAAUAGUCUGGCCUUGAAUGUGAGAUACUUUUAGAUAUAUCGAAUAUAUUGUUUGUAUACUAUUUUAAAUUUAUUUACAAAUUGUUUCAGAGUCAAGUGUAUUAAAAGUUUCUAUUUUAUUGCAGAUUUUAUAAAAUAUUUUAUAUUUGAAAUUAAAACCAAGACAAAAGAAUCAUUUUUUAGAAAUUUUAACGUCUUUCACGUAGAAUAUACGAAUAAAGUGAGAUAAUGAAGUUGCGUAUUUUUAUUAUAUUGCAAAAAAUAUAUUUAUAUCAAUGUAUGAACAUUCUUGCAUCAUUGCAUAAAUUCAGUUGUCUUUUCCUUUUUUUUUUUUUUUUUUAAUGAAUAAGAUAAUAUAUGCAUGACUUCUGUGGAGUCUUUACGUAUGAUGGGGGCCAAUUGUACGCAUAAAAUGCGAAAUUCAAUUUUAUCAAGAACGUGAAACGUUAUGAAAAAUUGGUUCUCUUUACAAUUUUUUGCCUCAAUAUCGAUUAUUUUAUGUUGGUUUUAAUUAAAUUUUUAAAUAGCGAAUGUUUGAUUAAUUUAUUAAUUUAUAAAUAAAUCUGUAUAAAUUAUAUCAAGUAAAAAAAAAAGCGAAUGUUUUAAUUAAUAUUUAAGUAAGAAAACUUCGUCGUGAAUAAUUGUAAAUGCGAAAUUUAUUUUUUUAAUAAUAUCUUAAUCGUUUUAAUGAAAAAAAUUAACUAUUUAACUAUUUAUAUUGUAAAGAUGAGUGAUUUAUCUAUUUAUAUAGGUAAAAUUUAUCAUGAUUCGUUCAACGUUUUUUGUUCGUAUUGUGCAGCUGAUAAUUUUUUGUUAUUCUAUCUAUUCUAAUUUUUUUUUCUUUUUACUGUUUACAGACUUACCUUUUUUUACAUCGUAAGAUCAAGAGACAUGACAGUGACAACGAUGAUUCGUGAAAUUACCAAUUACAAAUUUUUGACGAAUGAAUAAUGUUCCAACUGUAUGUUGCACUCCAAUUCUAGAAGAAUAUCGAAGAGAGGACAAGCUUGGGCAGUAGCUAUGGAAAAAAUAGUCUAAAAGACGCAAGAUUUCAAAUCAUAUUAUAUUGAUUCUUAGAUAGUGUUUUAAUUACAUAGCCUAAUGGCACGAAUAUGUUCGUCUUUUACGAGGAUAUUUUUUAUUUUUAAUCAGCAUACAUCUAAUACUUAAUUCAUGAGGAAAGAUUGAUAAUAUGGUAAAAAGUUAUUUAAAAUUAAUUGUAUUUUCAAAUACAAAGAACCGAGUAUUAAAUACACUUCGUGAAAGUCGAACACAAUAUCGUCGGGCAGCUCGAGUAAUCGAAUAGUAGUAAGAAAGAGGUGAAAAAGAAAAUAGCUGUUAAUUACCAAGAUAUAAGAUUCAUACCUCUCAGAAUUCAUAGUAAUUGGUACUGUCUCGCAUAUGAAAAAAAUUAAAAUUUCUAAUUAUUGAUAUAAUAUUUAACAACCACUUGCCUCUCUGCCAGACUGCCAUUAGCGUAUUAAUUAAGGAAAUGUAACUAGAGGAAUCGAAGAACUCGUCCUCAUUUUUCUUCGUUGUCCUCGGAUUCCUACUCGUUCAUUUUAUGUUAGCAUAAGAUCAAAAUAUGUCUAUAAGGUGAAAGAAGAGAGACAGACCAUUGAGAAACGCGUUUUUAAUUCGCCAAAGUAUGUUAAGUGUAGCAAUUGCCAAAGUUUUUUCUGUAAAUACAAGAAUGUCGAGUCGAUUAGUUUACAGUAGUUGUGAUUUAAUCGUGCACGAAUUAUUAAAUUAUCAACGCUGUCGUGCUUUCUUUCUUGGAAAUUCAUAAUUGUUAUUAUUGUUAUAAUCGUACUAUAUUGUUAUGUUUUUUCAUUUUGUAUGUUUAAUGUCUUGACCUGCCGAAAAAUCGAGCGGUCCGACGAUUAUGUAUUUUUAAUUCUAUAGCUACUUAUAUAUUUUGUGUGCUAAUAGCUGCAUGCACACAAAGGGAAGGAUCGACUAAAGAAUAAUUUCUACAAAACAAAUAUUUUUUUACAUAUUAAGAUGACGUGAAAUUCUUUUACGUACGAUACAUGUAUUUGACGACGAUUAAAUCGGUCGAUGUUUCCCUGGUGUGGAUGAGAUUUUUGAGAAUACGAAUUAAAAGUAAAAAGUUGGAAGGACGAACGUAGGAAUGUAUGAAUGAGAUUGCGUCAAGAAAUAUAGAGUGUGAGACUGUAAAAUAAUUAUAAAUAAAUAUAUACGUUAUAAGUCUAAUAAA